AUGGGCGUUAAUAAAAUAAACAUAAGUACGGUGAGAGAACAAAUAUUAGACGAGCAUAAGCUAGUGACGUAUAUUUCACUUAGCAAGGAGCUGUGUAUUCAUGUGAAUGAAGCAAAAACAUUACUACGAGAAGUCAUACAGGAUAUCAGAAAGACAAAUCCAGAAUUGAAUCUUAGUGUUUCACAUAUGAUAUCGGGAUUGCUAAAUAAUAACAAUGGCUGUGUUACGGUUUGUCCAGAAACGGAAUUAGACAGCUUAAGAAAAUCUUUGAAAACUGUUUUUUACGAGCAUGUGUAUUGUGUUAACCGGGGACCUAAACCAAUAGAAAAUGGUACUUUAAGUGCAAUUAGCAAAUUUGAGGACCUCGCCCUAUGUACAGGGUUAAUUAAAGCUAACUCUUGCUCUAAAAGAACUGAAGAUGAAAUUGGAAGUUUAAAAUCCACUAAGCAAACUGUUUUGGAUGCACCAAAAUCAAAUGUACAACAUUUAUCUAAAGACAAUGUAAAGAAAGAAGUAAGAAAUACGGUUGAAGUUAAGGUGGAACCUCAAGAAAAAUCUGAAAAACCUUCACCAAAAAAGAAGUCGCCAACUAAGAAAACUCCAGCUAAACAAAAUGGUAACAAAGUUGCAGCAACAGGUAUUGCAGGGUUUUUCAGUAAAGUUAAUGGUGAUUCAUCCAAAAAUAAGAAAGCUAAAGUUCCAGAACCAGAAAUUAAGAAGGAAAAAGAAGAUAAAGUUGAACCAAUUAACAAAGAAAUUUUACCACCUAAAACUAUAUCUAAUGGUUCAGCAGAAAAUGUCAAGGGCAAAUCAAAUAAUAAAAAUAGUAUUACAAUAAAGAAAAAUGCUAAAGUAGAUAAGAAACGCAAAAGGCUCCUACAUGUUUCAGACAGUGAAAGUGAUAAUGAAACAAAUGAUCCAUUUGCUAAAGAUAUGGAUGUUGAUCAUGAGUCUGAGGAUGAAAUACCACCUACACCAACCAUAAAUACUGUUAAAAUAACCUCAGGUAUCAUAAAUCCAAAGAAACGGAGAAAGAUUGUAGAUAAAACAUACACUGAUGAAGAUGGUUAUAUUCUUACUAAAAAAGAAGAAGUGUAUGAGAGCUGCUCAGAAAAUGAAGAAGAAGAAGUUAAAGAAAAUAAUAAAAUACAGAAAGACAAUAUUGAACCUGUAAAAACAAUAAAUGAACCAGUGAAACCAAUUAAAAGUGAGCCUGCAUUCAAAGAAACUAAAAGUAAGAAGAAAUUGUCACCACCUAAAAAAGGGAAACAAGCCACUAUUAAUAGUUUUUUCAAGAAGGUCUGA